GCACCCGCCGGCGCCUGCGAUUGGCUGAGGCGGGGCCGGGCGGGAAGGCGGAAGUGGAGCGUUGGGAGGAGGCAUGGAGGUCUCUCCCCGGGACUACCAGAACGUGCCCAUCGACAUCCAGACCAGCAAGCUCCUGGACUGGCUGGUGGACAGGAGGCACUGCAACCUGAAAUGGCAGAGCCAGGUCCUCGCCAUCCGCCAGAAGAUCGAUGUGGCUAUCCGAGACAUGCCCGAGAACGAGGAGAUCAAGCAGCUGCUGGCGGGGGCCUACCUGCACUACUUCCACUGCCUGAGGAUUGUGGAGAUCCUCAAAGGCACUGAGGCUUCCACCAAGAACCUCUUUGGGCGCUACUCGUCCCAGCGCAUGAAGGACUGGCAGGAGAUCGUCUCCCUCUACGAGAAGGAGAACACGUACCUGGCCGAGCUCGCCAGCCUCCUGGUGCGCAGCAUCAGCUACGAGAUCCCUUCGCUUCGGAAGCAGAUCAGCCGCUGCCAGCAGGCCCAGCAGGACUUCACCCGCCGCGAGGAGGAAUGUCAGCUGGGAGCAGCCGAGCUGCGGGAGCGCUUCUUCACCUCCUGCAAGCAGUACGGCAUCACCGGUGACAACGUGCGCCAGGAGCUGUUGGCCUUGGUGAAGGACCUGCCCUCACUGCUGUCCGAGAUCGCGGCAGGAGCCGGCGCGCUCUCCGAGGCCAUCGAGCUGUACCAGGCCUGCGUGGAGUUCGUCUGCGAGAGUUCCGCAGAGCUGGUGGUGCCCCUGCUGCGGCACGUGGGGAAGAGAGGCAACACCACCGUCUACGAGUGGAGGACGGGGCUGCAGCCCCUGCGGGUGGAGCGGCCGGCGGCGGAGGAGGUACCGGAGCCACCGAAGGAGGACACGAUUGACUGGGGAGACUUCACGCUGGAGCCGACCAGCGCGGGUGACGGAGCCCAGGGCGAGGGCAUCGACUGGGGGAUCACGCUGGAGCCCGAUCCCCAGGUGCCUGGCGGCAUCAACUGGGGAGAUGGGGAAAGCGAGGAGGUGCAGAUCGCGGUGCUGGAGGCUGGCACCGAGGUGCCUGAGGGUGUUGCCUGCGGCUCUGAGGCUCUGACGCUCCUGGAAAACACCGAGACUCGGAACCAGUUCAUCGAUGAGCUCAUGGAGCUGGAGCUGUUCCUGUCCCAGCGCCUGGCGGAGAUGGAGGAGGAGGCCGACAUCGUGGCCGUGAGCCAGUUCCAGCUGGCGCCCGCCGCGCUGCAGGGCCAGAGCAGCGCCCGCCUGGGCUCCCUCCUGGGCAGCGCCCGCGCGCUGCUGGGCCAGCUCUGCACCCGCAGCAUGCAGCACCUCUUCAUGAUCCUCGCCUCCCCCAGGUACGUGGACCGCGUGAGCGAGCUGCUCCGGCAGAAGCUGAAGCAGGCGGAGCUGCUGCUGGCCAAGAAGGAGGCCAUGAGCCAGAAGCGCCUGGAGGCCCUGGCCGAGCAGGGGGCCUUGGAGCCCAAGCUCGACCGCCUGCUGGAGAAGACCAAGGAGCUCCAGAAGCUGAUCGAGGCCGACAUCUCCAAGCGCUACAGCGGGCGGCCGGUCAACCUGAUGGGGAUCUCGCUGUGACCCCCCGGAGAGGGCACGGUGGGUUCCUGCUCCCCAGGCCCCCCUGAUCCCAGCCCGGGGGUGUUUCGAAUGUGGCUGUGGCCCUGUUGAGGGGGGUAAAUGUUGCUGAAUAAAUGAAGCCCCUCUCUCUCUCUCCCACCCAUCACUUUG